AUGGUGCCUUCUUUUGGAUCCGCGUCCGCGUGGUUUGCUCUGCUUGCCUCCAUCAUAAUAGCCAGGGCAGGGCCAACAUCACUAACAGCCUGUAAUGUUAUUCCAUCCGAUGCCGUGUAUCCAUUGUCAGUUUCUUAUGCAACCGAAGAGCUCAACUAUUGGAGUUUUGCAGGUCGUAUUGGUCUUGUUGGUGUUGGUGGCUUGCUCCUAGGCAAUGGGCUAUCAUUCAAGUCAACACAGUAUGGAUGGGCUUCUAACAACAUUGUGAACUACGAGAUUGUGCUGGCAGAUGGCUCUAUUGUAAACGCAAACGCAAAUCAAAAUUCUGAUCUCUUUGCAGUUCUCAAAGGAGGUGGAAAUAAUUUUGGAAUUGUCAGUCGAUUUACGCUCAAGGCGUAUCCUCAAGGACAGGUUUGGGGAGGCAUCAUGACAUUUGACAAAUCAAAGACUCCUCAAAUCAUCAAAGCUGUUCGUGACUUUACAGAGCACUAUCCUGACGAAAAGGCUGGUAUAAUCAUCACAUAUGAAAAAUCUUCAUUGAUCAAUACUUGGAUUUGCUUCUUCUAUUAUAACGGUGCAUCACCAGGAAGUGUCUUUAGGAACUUUACGAGUAUUGGGCCAUUGUUGAAUUCAGCCAAAACACAAACAUAUUACAGCUUGCUGCAGGGUAACGACAUUGGAGUGCUACACGGAUUCCGCUAUCAAAUAGGAACCGAAACACUGCCGUUACCAUCAUCCGCGAACAUCGCCGUCCUACAAACAGCAUACGAUACCUUCUUUAAUAUCACGGAUACCAUCAUCUCAACACCAUUCUUGAUUGGAACAAUAGCCUUCCAACCAAUCCCCAAAAUGCUGGCACAAAAGGCACUCGCUUCAGGAGGUGACUCCUUAAGCUUUGAUCCAACCCACGAUUAUAUCAUAUUCGAGCUGGAUUAUAGCUGGACUGGUGCUGCCUUUGAUACGACAGUUCAGAACGCACUAACUCAAGUAUAUACAGGUAUACGCAAUACGUAUUUGAGUGGUGUCAAUGCUGGAACAUUGCCAUCCUUGACUUCGUUGCCAUUGUUUGCCAAUGAUGCAUAUUUGAAGCAAGAUUAUUUUGGGAGGUUGCCGGUUGCAUCCCGUAAUGCUGCUAAAUUGGCGCAAACAAAACCCCAACUGUUGGCUCAAUUUGAGUUGGAGAAGUUUGACAUCAUCUGCAAGUGCGACUUGUGUCUUGCAGAUGACAGUUACGGGAUAUCCAAUCGUCAAGUACGAGAAGGAAUCUUGCUCCGUGUCAAGAAUAAAAAGAAAAUGGUUAAAAGUGUCGACGCUGCCGUCAUUCGUGGAGAACUCGAUGCGGUAGAAGCUUCAGCCAUGCUCCUUGCCGCUAUCGAGUAUAGUAAGAGGGCAUGUGCGUCUGCUGGAGCGAACGGUACCGAAAUUGCCAGCUUUCACCCAAACGAAUUCACCUUGUCGCAACCAUUCACCAACACAUCAACAGCUACCGAAGGUGACGAUGGAGCAUCAACUCAUAAACGCAAACGAAGACGUAAGGAGCCUGCUGCUCCAUCAGCACAACAAGAAUACGCAGAAAGGGAUCAUUUGCUGAUUCGACAUUUCUUGAGUGAUGCGCAUUCGGAGGUUAUGGGGUUUGGACAUUAUACGAGUGUUGGUGAGACUGGUGGUAUAGUUGGAGCUAGUGUAUCUGAAAGUGCUGGUAUUGAUUGGCUUGAUGUUGGAAAGGCUGUUGGGGAUUGUGAUGUUCAAGGUUUGGAUAUUAUAAAGGAGCUUCCAACUGUGGUUGAAACUGUCAAGCUCGUCAACAAACUCUUGACAAACAGUACUAGCUAUGGUCUGCAGCUCAAAACCGAGCUCGACGGUGCAGGUUCAGUCAUCAAUAUACCGCCGAAUUCGACCUUUCUCAUGUCGGAUCUGUCGUAUGUCGAUGCUCUCGUCAUUGGCCACAAAUACAACCUAAUCGUGAUCGACUUCCCAUGGCCAAACUCUUCCGUUCACUCCAAAUAUGAUCAGUUGGACCGUUACGAUAUGUUCAAACUGCCAGUCAAUGACCUCAUAUUUCCAGACGGUCUAGUGGUCUUUUGGAUGACGAAUACACCGCGCCAUCACGAGUUUGUCAGGAAUAAGGUCAUUAGGGACUGGAAGUUGACGCUAUUGGCAGAAUGGUAUUGGUGUAAAGUUACCAGUGCUGGGGAAUGGGUUAGAGAUCUUGAUGAUGUUCAUCGCAAGCCGUAUGAGAAGAUCAUUAUUGCGAGCACGUCAACCACACAAUCAAUACCAUCACCAUAUGCUAUAUUCUCUGUGCCGAGUAGUCACCACUCGAGGAAACCGUCUUUAGAAGGCGUGCUGAAACCAUAUCUACCGAAAGAGUAUCGAUGCCUGGAAUUGUUUGCUAGGAACCUGCUUCCGAAUUGGACAAGCUGGGGUAAUGAGGUUCUCAAGUUUCAAACGGGCUCUUGA